UUGUCUUGGAGGGGAACUUCUAUGUGCAAUCCAAUGGUCCUUCGUGACUGAAGUGGGUCUUUGCUCUUUAUAUAUGGUGCCACAUAAAAAAAAGCACCUAGUACGUUCUGUAAAGUGGUUGGUGUUAGGAAGGCCAUCCAGCCGUAGAAAGCACAAGAAUGGCACCUGGUGCAAUCCCAGGCCUUACCAGCCAAACCACACAACUUUUGAAACUACACAACCAUUCCUGCAGCUGUAAGUUUAUUUUCUUUACAGAACUUGCUCGUGAUAAUUUGCAAAGAAAUGGUCGGUACAAUGUGAUUGGUGGGAUUGUCUCUCCAGUAAACGAUAAUUAUGGCAAAAAGGACUUGAUCAGCUCAUAUCAUCGAUGUAAAAUGGUGGAGAAAUCUUUAGAGAGUUCUGAUUGGAUCACAUUAGAUCGGUGGGAGAGUGACCUGAACUGCUGGACUGAGACUCGUCAUGUGUUGGCCUACCACAGUAACAGAUUGAAUAGCACAGAGACCAACCAUAUCGGUGAUGAAAACCAGAAUCCAAAUGCAAUAUUGGUGAAACUCUUGUGUGGUGCUGAUCUUUUAGAAUCUUUUGGAGUACCAAACUUAUGGAGAAAAGAACAUAUCGAAGAAAUUGUUGGUAAAUAUGGUUUAGUCUGUAUCAGCCGAGCAGGAAGUGACCCUUACAAGUUUAUUUAUGAAUCCGAUGUAUUAACUAAGUACCAGGACAACAUAACUAUUGUGACGGAAUGGUUAAGUAAUGAAAUCAGUUCUACCAAAAUCAGACGAGCAUUAAGGAGAGGUGAGAGUGUGAAAUAUCUUAUUGAAGAUGCUGUCAUUGAUUACAUCAACAAAGAGAAGCUGUACACAUCAGAAGACAAAGAAGAAAACACACAUCAAGCCAUAUCAACCUAGGAACACAGACACAUUCGGAAACAUGGCUUCUCCACAUAUUUUGUUAUCUUUUUGUUUGUUUUGUUUUGUUUUUGACAAUGAAAAUAAUAAUAAUAAUAAUUUGUGGUGUUACUCCAGCAUGGCCUUCAAUCACAGCUGUUCAGAAGCACCAAGCUGCUAAAGAGCAUAACUAUGACCGUUUUCUUCCAUUAAUUUUUUUUUUAUUGGUGAAUGAAUGUCAUUGAUUGAAUUGACCCCAGUGUAUGACUGGUAUAUCUUUUGUAUCUUCCCUCCCUCUGCCUUACUAGAAUGGGUGAAAAGGAUUACAUUCAAAUUAAGAAUUUAGAGAUUUACACUCUGCUGUUUUCACUCAUUGAUCUGAUGAUAACAAGACAUGACACGAGAACAGAGGUUCCAAUUAAUCUUACCUGUAAUGAUUAAAAAACAAAACAAGCUUAUUAGCUUUCGUGGGGAGAUGCACUGGAUUUAAUUAACCGUAUAGAUUUGGCUCACACAUACACCUGGGGCAUCCUCUCGGUGAUUUGUGAAGAAAUAUUUCCCAUAUGGUCCUUGUGUAUUUUACUGUUUUUACACAUCUGCCAUAGUCUUCCACAGUGUCCCUUAUUUGUCCCCUGUCUGCACUGGGUACAAUAUGCAACUUCUACCUGUACCUUUUUUACACAUUGAACGGAGUCAAGUGCUGACUGGGUUUUUUUUUUUUCUGUUUACCAGAACUUUGCUCAGUUUCCUUCAAGGUCUUUUGAUUCCAGGCUUUGCUAGGAGCUGACUGACAACUGUGCCCUGGUGAACUUGUACCUGCACACUAAAUUUGUUUCUUUCACCUUAUUGACCCUUUAUAUGGUUUGAAUGGCUCUCAUCAGUCAUUCAUCUGCCCCUAGCUUCUGCAGCAACUACCAGAUCAGGGAGCAAAGGACCCAGUCAAAGGGCAUAUUGCCCCAGCACAGGAAAUGGACUAAUGACCUUAUCAGGAGCUCAACACCUUAAUUACUAAGUUACCCCCCCAUCCAACCUGAAGUUAAAAAUAUUUCUUGUUUUUUCCUUCAACUUGUUUAAAUUUCCUGUGAUAUUUCCUUGCAAUAUAUUUUAUAAAGUAUUUUACUCCACUGGAGCUUAAUUCUAACAACCCAUGCCAGCACGGACAUUGAAUGAUGAUGAUGAUGAUGAUGAUGAUUACCUUUUCUACCUCUCUUUAUUAAUCCGCUCAAUUAUUAUAAUGCGGGUUUGCUGACAACCAUUAGAGUAAUUGGUUCUUAAUUUUGAGUGGAAAGCAAUUUUCUGUUAUUUAUUACAUAUUGUUUACUGUCGUUGAUUAGAAAUAAGACAGUAGAUAUUUGAUAGUUUGGUGUGAGUGCGUGUGUGUUUGACAAGGAACUAUGUACAGUGCACCUCCAAUAUUGUGGAGCUCCAUGUUGUACAGACAGUCUGGGACUGCAUUGCUGGGUUGUUACAAACUUCUUUUCUCAUUCAUGUGGUUCCAGGAUUGACACAUGCCUUAUAAAUAAGAUUGGGGUAACCUUUCAUGUGGAAUGUCUAAGAUAGCUCCCUGAUAUACUCCACUCACUAUUAAUGUCUCCUUGGAGAGGGCUCAUUGGCUACUACAGCCUGGCUUCUAUCGCAAUCUUUUGAGUGGUCAUGUAAUGACUACCUUAGUUUUACCACAUCAUCCUGCGAUUAACCUUAUUGAGGUGGAUCAACAUCCACGUUUGAGCGAUUCAUAAGUUAUAUAUGUGUGUGUGUGUGUGUAUAUAUAUAUAUAUAUAUAUAUAUGUACACGUAUGUAUUUGUGUGUGUAUAAAUUAUACAUGUAUGUAUGUAUUGACUUUGCCUUUCCCUGUUUUUAUUUGCUGUGUUAUCUCCAUUGGAUUCAGUAAGUACCAUUCUCUGUUGUCACCUGGCACCACUCGAUCCCUUACCAGCACUUAUACACAACUCACAUCCUACAUAGACUUCCAAGAACACAUCUAUCUCACUCCCUUCACUUAAUCAUACAACACACACACACUUUCCACUUCUCACUUCACUAGAUAACUGGUCGGACUAUUUAAAUGGUAAUUUGACCUUCUGGAAACACUAAAAUUCCCUUAACGCACAUUGAUAUACUAGACAAUGUACUCUUACAAAAAUAGGGGAUGGUUGGAACACUUCUGAUCAGCAUCUUCAUAAUAUUUGAAUUUACAGUUUAUGCAGACAUAAUUCAAUUUUUCUAGUGGGAAAACCCUUAGAGAAAACUCACCAUUUUUAUGAUUGUCUUCAUCCUUAAUGACCCCCUGAUUCUGCUUGCAUUCAGAUCCUCCAACAAAGAAUCUGAAAUAAUGAGAAAGUAAAUUUCACUAAUUAUUACUGACAGAUCUUUCUUUAUCUUGUCCAUUCCUCAGACCAUGUCUGUGAGAAUCAGCAAGUUGACCCAGUAUCCAUCUUGCAUUGCUCUCUCUCUCUCCAGAGCACAAUUCACCCGCUUCACUCUUCACUGCUUUGCUUUAAUGAGAAGAGAAACACUUGUCAGCCACCCACCUGCACUGCUCUACACCACCCCACUGCUUGCACUGCACCGUUUGGCAUAAAUUGAAGUAAAGACAAGAUGGUCAUGGGUGGAUGGCUUUGAUCAAAGGUUUCUUGGAACAGGACUGACCUGUGGCUAAGCACUCCGUAGAGAUUGGGAACCUGGUUUAUAUAUCUGAAAGCACCCAAGGGUGUCCGGGUGCUGUUGGGUGAUAGAUUAAUUCUACCACCCCAAGAACAGGUACCAAUCCCAGCAACCCACAGACUUCAACAUGAGUUCUCUUUCCCAAAGUUUUAAUCACUUCAAGCCUAUAGUUGAAGAUUCUUGCCCAAGGUGUUGUGCAGUGGGACUGAACUUGAAGUCUUCCAAUUGCACACAAACUUGUUGCCAACUUGGCUGGGCUUAUCCUCCUCACCCCCCCCCCCCCAAUAUAUAAAACCUCUGCAUCAGAGGAGUUGUAGUAGUUGUGCUAACCUCUGAUCCUGCAUUCCAGCCAUAACCAUCUAGACUUCUCUUCACACCAUAUACGUCCAAGACCACAACAUAUUAUGUGUGCAUUCCAUUUCAAGAUGGCAUUGUGUGAUUUGAGUGCAAUUUCUAGCCAGUCCUGCUCCUAUUCAGAAUCUCCCUUAUUCUCUCUCAUUAAAUCUACUAAAAUGAGAAGUGGAAUUUGUUUGUUUUUUUUACUUUUGAGGUGUUCCAUGCUUUUCUUGUAUGUUUUGGCAAUAUUUAGUGGGGGGGUGGGGGUGAUUUUGUUAAAGAGAAAUGUGUUCUGUGUAUUUGGUUUAUGUUUAUUAAAAAAAAAAGUCAAAGUAUAUAUUUUAAAAUGUAUCUUGAUAAUACCCGAGUUUGCUGACUGUACAUACACACACACUAAUGGCCUUUGCUGGGUGUUUAUGGAUGGUCGAAGCACAAGACUCCUAACUUGUAGCUUUGCUCAUGAUUGAUCUAUUUUUUGGUCCUCUUUUGUCUUCUCACCUGGAGAAUUGCAAUUGUCUCAUGGCAUUGUUCCAGGCUGUUGUUAUUAGCAACACUUUCCCCCCAUUUCUUGAGAUUAGACUCUUUGAAAUCAGUUUUAUUCUUCUUCAUACUGAAUAAACUCACCAAAGAGCAACUGUUUUGGACUCCUAUAGUCUUCCAUAUGUUAAAAAUGGUUUAGCUCUCAUAAUAUACAAGAUUAUAAUUGUUUUCACUUCAUACGAGAGAGUGACAAAAGUAAAAUGUAUUCAAUUCGGGUUUUUUUACCUGCAGCAAAGACUCAAAGCAGGAUAUAUUAAAUUAUAUUUUAGUUAUUUUCUCAUGAAAUUCUUUUAAUGUGUCUGCCUUAAUAGGAGUUCUUUUUACACAAAUCUAACACUUGUUUCGGCUGGGUUCUCAAUGGAAGUAUUUCUGCAAUUGGUUCAUUUUUUGUAAGACAGAAGCAUGCAGGAAAUAUUUCUCCUUAUAUUAAAUAAUCUCUGUUUCAACAUUUCUGCAUUCUUUGUUAUUUUUAUAUGUCAGCUGGAAAGGCUAGCUUAGAACAUCUAGUUUUGUUACAAAGAGCAUACUGGAUGUUUUGGGUUCUCAGUCCACACGAACCCUUGGAAUACUCCAAAACGAGUACACAACUCAGAUGAACAAUGUUCACUGGGAAUGGAAUUAGUUUAAUGUAAGAUAACAGCCAGUUCUAAUGUUGCAAGUAUAUUGUUUUUCAUUAAUUACUCUCUUGUUCAUAAUAAUAUAAAGAAAAAAAAACCUUGCUUCUCACUCUUGCAAGAACAUAUAUUGUGAACCCAGCCAGAAACAGUGGUGUUUAUUGUUAGUUGUAACAUGUCCAGAUUAUGGACAUUGGAGACCAAAAAAAAAAGCAAUGAAAAUUGUAUGUGUGACUUACACACAAAAGUUUAACUGAAGAGAAUAAGGCUGAAAGUGGGAACUUUUACUCAAUAUUUGAAAAUACAUAUGUGUGUGUGUGUAUAAUAUAUAUAUAUAAAUGCUGGCUAACAAUUCGAGCUCUUUAUACAGUUACUGUACAACUUCCUCUAAUAUUUUAAAGUUCACACUCUGUCUUUAUCAAUUUGUUUAAUAAACAUUUUCGUUUUUCUAUUGAUUCUAUUUUUGUACAAAUAAAUGGACUGAUUUCACCUCUGUUGUAA